AUGGCCUUUAAGUUAAGGAAGGGUGAAAUUUUGAAAUCACAGGCACGUAAAAUUGUAUAUAAUGUUGCGGAAUUUUGUUCCAGUGAAGCUUCAUCGAAAUCUGCGUUAAUUCCAUUCCCACAAGCUCUGAAAAGGGCUUCUCAAGCAACUGGAAUUUCUGAAGCUACAAUAAAAAAAAUAAAAAAGGAAGUUUCAUCAUCCGGCUCAUCGACAGUUUUAAAAUCACCCGGUAAACACCGUAAAAGACCUAGUGAGCGAAACUGUGAAAUAGACGACUUUGACAAGUGUGUUAUACGGCAAACAAUUCAAGACUUUUACAUAAAAGAAAGGAAAGUACCAUCCAUCAGAAAAUUACUACCCGUGUUGAAAGAAAAAAUUGGAUUUUCGUGGCAAAAAGACACAUUGUGCAAAGUCUUACAUUCAAUGAAUUUCCGAUGGAAGAAGUGCGUGAAUAAUAGAAAAGUACUCAUGGAAAGACCAGAUAUUGUUUUUUGGAGACACAGAUAUUUGAGAGAAAUGAGAUGUCCCAGGAAAGCUGGACGACCGAUUGUCUAUAUUGAUGAAACUUGGGUAGACAGCAAUUUGACAUUUAAGAAAUGUUGGCAAGAUGACACAGUUUUGGGAGCUACAGCAAAUGUUAAUUCGAAAAAUAGACUUAUAGUUGUUCAUGCUGGGUCAUCAACGGAUUUCCUUACGGGUGCUUUACUAGUAUAUAAAGCGUCAACAAAAAGCGGCGACUAUCACGGGCAAAUGAACUAUGAAAACUUUAAAAAAUGGGUGUUGGAUAAACUUCUUCCAAAUUUGCAACCAAACAGUGUCGUAUGCAUGGAUAAUGCACCGUAUCAUACGACUGUUGAAAACCCCACUCCAACGAAGUAUUCUACAAAAAAAGUUAUGAUAGACUGGUUGAAAACAACGGAAUACCCUGCGAUCAAAAAAUGCGAAAAGCGGAACUGUUCUCUCUUAUAG